UGUGCGAUAUGAGGAACACUGCUACUUUUCUUUUUUAAAAACCAUGUAUCGUGUGGAUGUUUUGGUCGCCUGUUUGUCGUUCUUCAGUGUAGGAAUAGCGUCCUGCUCGCUGGCGGAGGACGGCACGUCUCUUUUUUAAUGUGAUGGAACUUGGUGUUGUUGACGUUAUGGAAGGUGGCGUCUUUCUUCCUCUGGGCUGCUGGCUGGCUCUUAAUUUAGAGUAAUGCCGAAUAUUUUAACGCGUUGAAAUUCCGAAAUUAAUGACUGUAUGGGUUUCGACGCCAUGCCGGCCCGAGCGACGUCCCGGCGGGGGACGGUGGCUCUCACCAGGCCGGGUCCAGCCUCGUCCUACCGGGGGACGGUGGCUCUCCUCGCGGCGCUGUGGCUGACUCUGGGUCGGUGCGAGUUUCCGAGAUGUGACAACGGAAAGCUGAACCUGGAGAAGGACCUGUCUCCGGAUGCUGUGUCCUGGGACUGUGCAGAGUCUUCGCAGAGACUUCCUAGUAUUGACUCUGUUUAUGAUCCUGAGCCUGCCAGGCAGAUAUGCAUGGAUAAGCCAAUCCACUACAAUCACAGCCUUCCAAGCAGUGGAGCGUACAGACCAGUAAUGGCGGAGAGUGGGGAGUACCUGUAUUGUCCUCCUCAACGCUGGCUCAAUAACUUGCACCAUGGAGCUACAGUUCUGCUCUAUCACCCGUGUGCGCCACGUCGCGAGCGCUUCCUCCUCUCUGGAUUGGCUCGCUCCUGCCUGCCAGACUUCAUCAUGACGCCACAUCAACACCUCAGUGAACUCACUCCGAUCGCCUUGGUGUCCUGGGGCCGCACUCUGGAGCUUCCUACCAUCGCCUCCUCAGGCGUCUGUGAUUGGCUGGCGAUGACGCAGACAACGCGAAAUGCGCUUGAUGGCGUGACACAAAACAUGAAGUACAACCUUCUGCUGACGUGGUCAGCAUCGCUGCACCCGCCGACAGAAAGGAAGGGAUCUCUGAAGGAAUGCUGUGAGGAGACCAUGUUGUCUCUGCUCAGCGGCUCUAAGACGGAAGGCUCGAAUCAAAUGGAAGGAGGCAGAAGCAGACUGACGAGAGCUGCUGCUGCUGGAGAGAAUCUGGAGAGCGUUGAGAAGAAGAGUGAAGGAUUUAAUGCAAGAAACCACUCCAACGAUGUGAUCAGUAACGCCGGUGAGACUUUCCCCCGGAGAGCAGGAGAUGCAAAGAACUCCAGCAGCACACCUGCAUCCCUCUCAGAUCUACAAAGUCCAAAGAAAACUCCUCUGCCUACAAUCCAAAAUAAAAGCCAGGGCGUUUCAGCCAGAACUACUUCUCCUUUGGCGUCAAACAUAUCUGCAACUACACUCAGGACUGGUUCUUCAGGGUUGGGGACUUUCCAGUCAUUUCUACAAACUGCAGCAGUGCAGCCCGGUCCAGAACAGGCCGACCUCAGGAAACCACACACCUCUGCUGGGGCGCAUUCUCUCACAAACAGCCUGAAGCAUGAGGAGAACCAGACCGCCAGGCCUGGAUAUGAAGGUACGAGUUCAAUCAGACACAGAGGUAAAGACUCUAAUGAGCACAGUACGAAGCUCAAUCACUCUAAUGAGAAAGCGUUUGAUAAGGACCACACGGCGGAUCCCACCAUGAAGGAUCAUGAAGUAGUGGAUGUGAAAGAGCGAGAGGUGGAGCAUCGGCAGAUCCACAGGCCUCCACACUCUCAUCAACAAGCUCCACACACGGACGCCGAUUCUCAGCCGCAGCGGCGUCCGCAGUCAGAGAGCCGCGGCCAGACGGGCAGCGGCGACUGCGACGGCUGCCGGGCCGGCGAGCCCUGCGACUGCACGCACGGCCCGGGACUCACUCGCCUGCAGAGGACCCCCAGGACGGACGAGGCCGUGUGGGCGGCGGCGGCUCUGGGCUUCCUGCUCAUCCUCCUCACGCUCUCUGUGCUUCACACCCGCCUCUACCGCCACUGGAGGACCACGCCCAGCCUCUACUGGAGAGACCCCCAGCAGGACUACGACAGCGUCGCAGAUGUGAUCCGCAGGAGGUUGCGGAUAGCCAAGAGGAGGAGGAAAAGGAGCCGGAGGCAGGAAUGCGUUCUCCUGCCGAGCUCCUCAAGCUCAGACGAACACGCAUAAGUAGAUAAAUUAAACAUUUCCACAACUGCUGGGAAACAGCCUGGACUGUGCGCACGCAGAGGCGGAGGAGCGUGGAUCCAAAGUUGGAAAGUGUGAUUUGUGUAUAAAAACAAACUGUCCUUUAUUCUGUACCUGUAUGCUGUUUGACAAAGCUGGACCAGAGCUGACAUGUUGUGCUCUGACGAUCAUGUUCUGCAGAAGCUAAAAGAUCUGUUACAUCUUGUGGUUAGGAUGCCAAAAGUAAUCUCAGAUUGGAGCUGUUGCUCCCUGGCCAUGGCAAAAAGGAAAAAAAAAAAGAAAAUAAUUCUGUUAAAGUGAAGUUAAGAAAGCCUUCUACUCAUAAACAUCACAUCUUCCCAUUUGGUUUUCUGAAACAGUUUUAUAUUCAUAUCAUAUUCAUACUUGUGGGGCUUUAAUCUGUAAACAUGUAGGUUGCUGUUGUAAGCAGCGAUCUGCAAGGUAUGCAUUUCUGAAUGAAUGUGUUCACGAGGUUUUAGUAAAGAAUGGAAGAAAAAAAAAACCCCCGCUGUGGGUUUUUAAAUUUAUAGCAUCAAAACUGCAAACUGGUUACCAUCAACUCAAACAUCAAUCCCACCUUAUACUGACAUGAUGGAUGGGUAACACUCCAUCACAGAUAAAUACACAGUCGUUACCUUGCGAAGUGUGACGAAGUCAAAGUGACCACUAACUUUCAUUUUCCAAUAAAAAGUAUCUGCUCUCCCCGUUUCAUUCACUGUCAGUUGCAUUGUUUUAACAAGCAUAGCAUAGCAGACCCCCCCCCCCCCCAAAAAAAAAAAAAAA